AAAAAAACAUUGCUUUGAAAAGAAAAUUGUUUCCCUUCGGGAAUGUGAUUGACAGCGCCUGUUAUCAUACCAUUCAUAUCUUAAUAAGACUGUUCCUGUCCGAUGCUAAAUGUUCUUAAACCGCUAAUAGUUUCCCAAUACACGCCAUCACCGCAAGAGAUGAACCAUUUAUAUUUCUACUACAUUUUAGGAGUGAUAAACUUCCGAUAUGACACAAGAAGGCAAACAUUCACCAGCAGUAAGACGAUCACAAUGCUUAAAGUGAUGGUUCAUUUGUUUGUACCGAAUGCGGUGCUGCUGUGGAUUACCAUAAUCGGUCAAACGGGAAUAUGGCUUACCGUGCCUUCGGUCCAUAUAACCGUGUUUUUCUUGCGCAUCACUUUCACAGUGUUAACGAUGAACGUGAACAUACUGUUAAACUAUUAUUUUACCGGUAAAAAACAGAUGGCUCUGUUGAAUGAGUGCCAGGCACAUUUUCGUGCAGUUAAAUUCUUCAACGAAGCCGGCACAAAACCUUCGUUUCGUGGUUCACAGAUCGCGCUGGUCAUUUUCUUGUUGCACUAUAUCAACUAUGAACUAAACCAGUACACGUACGUAGUGCUGUACAACGAGAAAUGGCCUGAGUUUACAUUUUACGUCAUGGUUUACUUUAUCGAAAUGAUAACGGUAAUGAAUGUGCUUUACUACGAUUCUGUGAUCGACGUGAUGCGUGAAAGCGUGCGGAUGGACUGCAUGCAAUUGACGAAGUGCAUGGAGCAGAAUCUUAAAUAUGGGUCCGGUAGUUUGGGCGAUUCCUAUUGGUGGCGUACGAUCGAACAUUUUUACAACCGUGUGCUAAGCACUCAUAGACAAAGGAAAGAUUAUUGUCGAGCGUUUCGCUUGCAGCUAGCGACAAGCGCACUGACCACGUUCAUUGUUUCGUUUUCCAUAUUUUACACUAAUCUGAACAGUAUCCUCUCUUAUAAGCACGAAGGCUUACUAGAAAAAUAUAAGCGAGUAACCGAGAGUUUGGGGUUCUUCUCGCAGUUGGGUGUUGUGCUAAUUAUUUGCCACCAUGCUACCAAGCUCAACUGUGAGCAACGUUGCUUGGCGCGUUUAAUUAUUGAAGCUCAGUCGAAGUUGACAAAACGCUCAUCAAACAUGGUAAGAUUACUUCAGCAUAACCUGCGUUUUCCAUUUAAAAUGGUGAUUGUAAUGUUUUACAUCCAUUUCCAGAAACGUGGCGAUAUGUAUAACAGCAGAAUUUUUAUUCUUCAGCAUGAGAUGAAAAUUUCACCUUACGAUCUGUUUGAAAUCGACAUGGAGUACUUCUUUGGAAUGGUGGCAGCAAUCAUUACGUACCUGGUGGUAUUGCUUCAGUUUCGUGAUAUCGAAUUUGGUUGAGUUCACAGCGCAUAAAACCAUCACAUUAAGUCCUCCACAU